AUGGAUAAAGGUCGCUUCCACUUCUUCCUCGCUCUUAGGUGGGGAGCCACUGCUGCCUGCACUGGAGCCUGGUUCUCGCCAUUCAUUACUCCCUGUCGAUGCGUCACCGCCUUCGUACGCUGGCGCCCCAAACUGGGUCGUAAACGCAAGUGCCGACGUGUGCCGUCGACGACCACUGACUGUGGACUGCUUAUACCGAUAAUCACAUACUCUCUCUCUCUCUCUUUCUCUCUCUCUCUCUCUCUCUCUCUCUCUCUCUCUCUCUCUCUCUCAAAUCCAGGAUAUGAUACAAAACCAACGACUACAGCUGUUCCACACUCAACCACUCCCUCCUCAGCAGAUAAAUUGUGUCCUUUAUUCAACAAUUCUUGUGAAAAAUGUGUCCAAUCAGCAAAAUGUCUCUAUUGCUUCAAGGACAAAACAUGCAAGCCUUAUCCAGUGGGUAGCCUUUUACCCAGUUCUUCUAUUUGUCCACUGAACCAGGCACACUGGAGCAAGUGCUUUAUCAACUUUGAGGCCUUGUUAAUUGCCAUGGGUGUUCUAGCUUUACUGCUACUGUUCUCCUUGUGUAUGUGUAUCUAUUGUUGUUGCUGCCGAAAGAGUGAUCGCUUAAAGUACAUGGCUGAGGAACUAAAGUUUGAACACCAGAGAGAAGAGAGAAGACAAAGAGCUGCUGAGAGACGUGCAGAAAGGCAGUCUAAAAAUGAUGAAAUUCGUAAGAAAUAUGGUUUGAUGAAAGAGGAGAAUCCAUACAGGAGAUUUGAUGCAUAA